AUGGCUGUCGCAGGACCUAUCUACACGACCUCCAAUGGUCGUCCCAUCACUUUCGCCACUGCUUCUCAGACUGUCGGCGACCACGGUCCUAUCUUGCUGCAAGACUUUCAUCUCAUCGACCUUCUUGCCCACUUCGAUCGAGAACGUAUCCCUGAACGGGUCGUCCAUGCCAAGGGCGCGGGAGCAUUUGGAGAAUUUGUGGUGACCCACGACAUUACCGAUGUGACUUCCGCCGACUUGUUCAGUGAGGUUGGGAAGAAGACCAAGGUCGCUGUUCGCUUCUCCACCGUUGGUGGUGAAAAGGGCUCGGCCGACGCAGCCCGCGACCCACGAGGCUUCUCUAUCAAGUUCUAUACCGAACAAGGGAACUGGGACAUGGUCGGCAACCAUACACCAAUCUUUUUUAUUCGAGACGGAAUCAAGUUCCCCACGUUUAUUCAUACGCAAAAGCGGAAUCCUCGCACGAAUCUCAAGGACGCCACGAUGUUUUGGGAUUUUCUGUCCAGCAACCAGGAAUCCGUGCACCAGGUCAUCCAGUUGUUCAGCGACCGGGGCACGCCAGGAUCAUAUCGGCACUGUGAUACCUUCUCGGGCCACACCUUCAAGUUCACCAAGAACGACGGCACGUUCAAGUAUGUCAAAUUCCACGUCAAGACGGACCAGGGCCACUGGGACAUGACGAACGAGGAGGCCACGGCCCUGACGGCAAGCAAUCCUGACCACGCCACCGAGGAUCUGUUCAACGCGAUUGAGCGAGGCGAGUAUCCAUCGUGGACUCUGUACGUGCAGAUCCUGGACCCGAAAGACGCCGAGAAGUUCCGCUGGAAUAUCCUCGACGUCACCAAAGUGUGGCCGCACUCGGAAGUGCCAUUGCGGCCCGUGGGCAAGAUGACGCUCAACCGCAACCCGGAGAACUACUUUGCUGAGAUUGAGCAAAUCGCGUUCUCACCCGCCCACCUGGUCCCGGGGAUCGAGCCUUCGGCAGACCCAAUGCUUCAAGCCCGCUUGUUCUCGUACGCCGACAGCCAGAGACACCGAUUGGGGGUUAACUACCAACAGAUCCCCGUCAACCGCCCCCUCCACGCCUACGCGCCGUUCCAACGCGACGGCUUCAUGGCCAUCACGGGCAACUACGGUGCCAACCCCAACUACCCGUCCCCCUUGAGACCGAACACCUACUUACCGGUGGACAAACCCAUUGACGCCGCGCACGAGACCUGGGUCGGUCAGGCUGUGCAUAACCUGCAGCCUGUGACAGACGAGGACUUUGUGCAGGCAAAUAUGCUCUGGGAGGUUCUGGGACGCACCAACGACCAGCAGGAGCAUUUGGUGCACAACAUUUCGGUGCAUCUGUUCGCGGCGGUCAAAGACGUCAGGGAGAGGACGUAUGGAAUGUUCGAGCGGGUGAACAAGGAUCUGGGACGAAGAGUGCGGGAGGAAACAGAGCGCGUCAGAGCAGCCAAGGGGCUCAAUGCCACAGAGUAG